AUGAGAGAUUGUUGUUGUCCACAAUAUACAAUAAGGUUGGAUGCUACCAAAUUCCAAGCUUCGAAAUCACAAAGAAAAUUAAUUAGUCGAUUUAACAGAUAUAUAGAAGGAACUUACAAUCCAUUUGAUAAAGAUGAUGUUUCUGAUGUUGAUAAUACAGAUAAUAAUAAAGCUAAACAACAACAAUCAAACAAGAAGCCUACAAAAACUUUUGAUAUUAUUGAGAGUAUUCAUGAGUCUGAAAAAAUUGAAGGAAAACAUCGAUUCAAAAUUGUACUUGAAAAAUCUUCUUUUACAAAGGAAAAAUAUCAACUUUAUUUUAAAUACCAAACUAAUGUUCAUGAUGAUAAAGAAUAUGAAGUGAGCGAAAGUGGAUUUCGCAGAUUUCUUUAUGAGCCAUCAUCAAAACCAAAUACACCAGGAUAUGGAUCUUUUCAUCAAUGUUAUUAUUUGGAUGAUAAACUUAUUGCUGUUGCAGUUUUAGAUAUUUUACCAUCAUGUAUUUCAUCGGUUUAUUUUUUUUAUGAUAAUGAUUAUUCAGCUAUGCAACUUGAUCAACAUCUUACAAAAUUUAUCAACGAUAUCAAUAAGGAUUUUCCAAAUUUAUCAAAUUUUCAACAAACUUCGUAUUCAAAUUACUCAUGUCAACCCCAAUCUCAUUUCAACAGUUCAAUUCCAAAUUUGUUUGUUGCUAGUGAUGUCACUAAAAACAGUAAAUUGAUUAUCCCCUUUAUUAAAGUCUUCCCCUGUUUAUAUAUGCUUUCGGAUUUUUAUCCUUUCCUUGAACCUUAUAGAACACUUAAGAAUCCAAUAGACAAUAAAAUAUUGUAUAAAUUUUUAUUACCUUUAACUGAUCUUAUGGUGGCUGCAAGAGCUUCAAAUAUUUACUCUGUGCAUGCUAUAAUAAUAAGGGUAGUUAGAGGCCAAACGCCAAAUAAACCUCCUGAGUUUCAUGAAUUGGGUGACACGGGAUGGAAUAAAAAAUAUUGA